UUGCAGGUUGACCAGCGCGAUGUGCCCGGCAUCGACUGUGCGCAUCUCGCUAUGGACACAGAAGAAGGCGUUGAGGUCGUCUGGAACGAGGUGCAGUUCUCGGAGAGACGAAACUUUAAGGCGCAAGAAGACAAGAUUCAAAUGGUGUUCGAUAACCUGACCAGGCUCGAACAUCCGAACAUUGUCAAGUUCCAUCGGUAUUGGACCGACACACACAACGACAAACCUAGGGUGAUAUUCAUAACGGAGUACAUGUCGUGCGGGUCGCUGAAGCAGUUCCUCAAGCGCACCAAACGCAACGUGAAGCGGCUACCGCUGCAGGCCUGGAAGCGGUGGUGCACGCAGAUCCUCUCUGCGCUCAGCUACCUCCAUGGGUGCGUGCCGCCCAUCGUGCACGGCAACCUGACGUGCGACACGAUCUUCAUCCAGCACAACGGACUGGUGAAGAUAGGCUCCGUGGCGCCCGACGCCAUCCACCACCAUGUCAAGACCUGUCAUGACAACAUGCGCAAUAUGCACUUUAUUGCGCCCGAAUACGGAUCGUCGCAAAUGGUGACUCCCGCGAUGGACAUCUACUCGUUCGGCAUGUGCGCGCUGGAGACGGCGGCGCUGGAGAUCCAGGGCAACGGCGACUCGGCCAGCCACGUCACCGACGACCACGUGGCGCGCACCGUCGAGUCGCUGGAGGAGCCGCGCCAGAAGGACUUCAUCUACAGGUGCAUCAACAAGGACCCGGCGCUGCGGCCCACGGCGCGCGAGCUGCUGUUCCACCCGCUGCUGUUCGAGGUGCACUCGCUGAAGCUGCUGGCCGCGCACACGCUGGUCGACGCCACGGCCAACAUCUCGGAGACCAUCACGGACGAGGUGUGCGGCGGCGGCUGCGCGCUGGCCUGGUGCCUCAAGGGCGGGCAGCGCGUGGAGCUGGCGGCCAAGGACCUGCCGCACGCGGAGAAGCUGGAGAAGUUCGUCGAGGACGUCAAGUACGGCAUCUACCCCCUGACGGCGUACGGCGCGCGGGGCCCGCUGGGGCGCGCGGCGUCGCCGUGCGAGCGCCUGGCCGAGGCGGCGCCCGCGGCCUCGCCCGAGCCGCGCGACCUGGAGACGCGCCGCGUCGUCAACAUGAUGUGCAGCCUCAAGCCGCACCAGGACCACGCCGCCUGCGACCUGCUGAUGACCAUCCUGCUGCGCAUGGACGACAAGAUGAACCGGCAGCUGACGUGCCCCGUGUCGCGGCGGGACUCGGCGCCCGCGCUGGCCCGCGAGCUGGUGCAGCUGGGGUUCAUCCACGAGGCCGACCGCGAGAAGAUCUGCCGCCUCAUGGAGGAGUCGCUGCGCGGCGGCGCGGCGGGCGCGCAGCGGGGCGCGCCGCAGCCCGCGGCCAGCUAGUGCCCCC